UCAUUCGGCGACAAUUUCCAAGCACCCAAAGACGUGAAGGCGUCCCGUGCCUUUAGCCUGCGAUAAUCAUCCCACAUCAGUGCCAGACAUCCUUUUGCCGGGAUAACAGCCUAGCAGUUGCACUUGCGCUUGCAGUUACAGUUUCAGUUGCACUUGCAGUUGCAGAGUUCUACCCAAAGUUCUUCUCCAGCAAAAGUGCGCGAAGUCGAAGUCGAAAUCUCAAUUCAAAUCAAAAUCAAAAUAAUAUUUUGCAAAAUGCCUUUCGCACAAGAGCAAUCAAAGUCGUCGACGGUGGCCAGCGAACAGCUGUCCAAGACGGAGACCAUCAAGCUGAGAAACAAACACAUCGGGCAAGCCUGCCAGCUCUUCUAUCGCUCUGAUCCUUUGAAGAUUGUCCGCGGACAGGGCCAGUACAUGUUCGAUGAGGAAGGCACACGCUAUCUGGACUGCAUUAACAAUGUGGCACAUGUGGGCCACUGCCAUCCGGAGGUAGUGCGUGCCGGUGCCCUACAGAUGGCCACCAUCUCGACAAACAAUCGCUUCCUGCACGAUGAGCUGGUGCAGUGCGCCCAGACGCUCACCAGCAAGAUGCCAGAGCCACUGUCCGUGUGCUUUUUCGUCAACUCGGGAUCGGAGGCCAAUGACUUGGCCCUCCGACUGGCCCGAAACUUUACCAAACGCCAGGAUGUGAUCACGCUUGACCAUGCCUACCAUGGACAUCUGCAGGCGGUGAUGGAGGUGUCGCCGUACAAGUUCAAUCAGCCGGGGGGCGAGAAGAAGCCCGACUACGUGCACGUGGCCCCCUGCCCGGACACCUAUGGCGGCCAGUUCACGGACAAGAUGUACCCCAACGCGGAUCUGGGGGCUCUCUAUGCCCAGCCCAUCGAGGAGAUCUGCCAGCGCCAGUUGGCCAAGGGUCAGGGCGUGGCCGCCUUUAUAGCCGAGAGCCUGCAGAGCUGCGGCGGACAGAUUCUGCCACCGCCCGGCUACUUCCGGGCCGUUUACGAUGCCGUACGCUCCUCCGGCGGCCUCUGCAUCGCCGACGAGGUCCAGGUUGGCUUCGGCCGCGUGGGCACCCACUACUGGGCCUUCGAGACGCAGGGCGUUGUCCCGGACAUUGUGUGCGUGGCCAAGCCCAUGGGCAACGGCCAUCCCGUGGGCGCUGUGGUCACCACCCCGGAGAUUGCGCAGGCCUUCCACGCCACCGGAGUGGCCUACUUCAAUACGUACGGCGGCAAUCCGGUGUCCUGUGCCAUUGCCAAUGCCGUGAUGCGGGUCAUCGACCAGGAGGGACUCCAGCAGAAUGCCCUCCAGUUGGGCGACUACCUGCUGCGGGAGUGCAGCCACCUCAAGCAGGAGUUCGAGUGCAUCGGCGAUGUGCGCGGCGUUGGACUGUUUGUGGGCAUCGAGCUGGUAAAGGAUCGGGAGGGACGCAUACCCGACACCAAGUCCGCCCGCUGGGUGGUCAAUCGGAUGAAGCAGCUCCACCAGGUGCUGGUCAGCUCGGACGGGCCCAACGACAACGUGAUCAAGCUAAAGCCGCCCAUGUGCUUCAGCCGCGAGAACGCCGACGAGUUCCUGCUAGCCUUCCGCGAGUGCCUAGCCACCCUCACCCAGAACAAGAUGGCCACGGAGGCGGCGACAGCCGCUGCCACCACCACCCAUGGGGUCAUCGCCACCGCCGCAGAGACGCUGGCGAAUAAGACGAAGCUCUUCGAGCGGCAGGAUCGCCUCAUAAAGUCGGUCUGAGGCAGCGGCGACGCCUCCCUGCCGACUCUGCUCAAAGGCACAAACUAGCUUUAGUCCUCCCACACCCGAGGAUAUUUAUAUUAUUCCAUGAUCCCGAAUUCCCUUGCCCCCAUGCCCCACAGUCCCUUGUCCGAAUAUGGAUAUGUAUGUAUAUUAUAAUUUUUUUUUUUUGAUUAUUGAUUAGUUUUAGUGCCAUGCUUUAGCUUUUAGAACAAAUCUAGGCAUUACCCAUGAGCCAUACGUAUAACCACCCGAUAUCUACGCGCAUGCCUACUAUAUAACCAUUAUCUUUUGAGUCGAUUAUCAAUUAUCUUCUAGUAUCUAGAAAAAUAUUUAGGGAGCUCAGUACGAAUUUCGUUCUUUUACUUUGUGCUUUUUUUUGUUUUUUUAGCCUUAAGUUGAGAAUGUGUGAGAAAUGUUAUUGAAUAUUAUAUUUUUUUUAACCACAAA